AGCUAAUAAUCCACCUCGAGAAGAAGAUAACCGAGUACCGCUUCCAGCAGAAGAGGACCUCCAAGGCCAAAUCCGAGAUCCGCAACGGUCGCAACCUCCUCGUCUCAAUCAAGGCCCAACUGCAGGAGGAUUUGCGGGAGCUUUUGAAAGUCUACCGUUCAGGCAUCGAAACCGACGUUCUCUCUUUGGCCGAGAUGUGCAGGGGGAUGGUGGAGAGGGCGCGCGAGGAACGCAGUGAGGAGGUCGGCGAGCUGCGGAGGGAAAUCGAGAGGCAGCACAAGCCUUCAGCUGAAUGUUACGAUGAGGAAAAUUACUCAUUGGUUGAUAAGGGUAAGCAUAGAACCACCGUCGUUUUCAUCCUCGGAGGGCCAGGCUCCGGCAAGGGCACGCAGAGCGAACGGAUUCAGAGUGACUUUAAGUUUGUUCAUUUGUCGGCAGGGGAUCUGUUGAGAGCGGAGAGGAAGCAACCUGGAUCGCAGUUCGGGGAAAUCAUCGAGAAGUACAUUGUGGAAGGGAAGAUCGUUCCAAGUGAGAUCACGGUGAUGCUUUUGCAGAAGGCAAUGGAGAAGUCCGGCCUCAAGGGUGGCAGGUUCCUCAUCGACGGUUUCCCGCGAAACAUAGAAAACCUCUCCACCUGGUAGAAGCUCAUGAACGACACCGUCGACAUCCCCUUCAUCCUCCACCUCGACUGCGGCGAGGAGGUUAUGCUCCAGCGUCUGCUCAAGCGCGGAGAGACCAGCGGCAGAUCUGACGACAACUUGGAGAGCAUAAAGAAAAGAUUCGUGACCUAUAAGGCAGAGACAAGGGAAAUCGUCAAGUACUAUAGCGAACUGAAGAAGAAUAAGGAAGUCAACGCGGAAAGGGAUACUAAGGAGAUAUUCGAAGAUAUAAGGAAAAUCUUCGCGGAGCAUGGACUCAUCUGA